UGGCUGUGACAAAUUUCUUAACCUUAAUAGUCAUUUAUUAAUAUCUCAGUUCACGAAACAGAGCAGCAUUUUUUCUUGUCGAAUCUUAAUUUUUACAUUAAAACACAUCGAUUGAGUAUAUUUUUAUCAAGAUUUGAAAUAAACAGUGUAUUCUUAACAUUUAUUCUCAAACGUUUAUUUCUCGAUCGGAACUCGAUCUCAUAUACGGAGUGUUAAGGAACAGAAGUGUUCGCGGGGAAACAAGCACCGUAAUGACGGUGAAAGGGACACUCGAUGAUUUGUAAUAAAAAAUAGACGAGAGUAUCGCGGCAACACUAAUUCCGAUUGUUUUUAAAAGUCGCGUCAAUAGUUGUCUCUUCUGCUAGCGCACAGAGUUUCGUGAGGAAGUAGGUGGGAGAAAAGAAAUUGUAAUAUCAAUUUGUGAUCUUAAACAAUGAGAAUUGAAAAAAGAAAACCUAGGAAUUUGCUAAGAAUGCCUCCAAAGCAUACCUCGAAAGACACGGAGAUCUUGUGGUCUGAUAUAGCUGGUCGCAUUUUAGUAAAUGCAAUCUCCUAUCCUAUUGAAUAUGCUAAGGUUUUGAUUCAGAUCGGAUACGAGCCUAUUCCACCCAAACCAACUGUAACAUUGUUUGGAAAGCCUGCAUUGAAACUACCGAAUGCUUUUACAUAUAUUAAACACAUAAAGAGCUUGGAUGGCUUUACAGGCUGCUAUAGAGGCUUAGUACCCAAGGUAUGUUCCUAUACAGUCAGUACAAUAGCGUGUGACAAGACUUUAGAAUAUCUACAGUCGAACUCAGUGGAACAGAAGGAGGAUGAAGACGAUGAAGAUGAGACAGUGAGACGUAAAAGAUGCAUGAAUGAGAUCAUCAGGGAUGUGAUCAGUAGAACAGUCGCGAUCAUAGUUAGUCAUCCUUUGGAAGUCAUUUCAUUAAGGAUGAUGGCGCAAUUUGUGGGUAGAGAGACAAAAUAUAGUAGUCUAUUUGGUUCGUUCCUGGAAAUUUACAAGGAGAAUGGGAUCCUAGGUUAUUACGCAGGAUUGAUACCGCGUAUAAUAGGAAGCGCUGCAGUUAUAGUUUUAACUGGUAUCUCUACAUACGCUAUAAACAAUUACGUUAUACAGGAGCCAGCAAUGAAGCCAUACACUGCAUCAACCAUGAAAUUUGUAGCUACAACCGUUAUGUACCCGUUCUUAGUGGUAUCUCACUGCAUGGCAGUAAAUGACUGCGGAUUGAUAGCUGGUCUUCCACCACACAUGCCGAUCUAUAAGAACUGGCUGCAUUGUUGGACUCAUCUGUCGACUCAUAAUCAGCUGAAGAGAGGCAGCAGUCUGUUAUGGCGUUACUAUACUGGACCGCCGCAAAUGCUGCUGAAUGGCAAGCUGAUACCAAUUAUGAGCAAUAACUUUUAUCAGCCUAGUUCGUAAUGAGUCUUAAAGUAAGCUAGAUCAAUCUGUUUGAAAGCCAAAUAAGUUUGUUAUAAAUCAAAUAAGUGUCGACCAAUCGUUUAUUUGACGAUUUAUUUAUACAGUGUAUAGAUAUAACCGUAUAAAAAGGAAAAGGAAAAAGAGAAAAUUUGGUUUCAACGAAUUUAUAUAGCAAGAUCGUACAAGAAUUUGCGUGCAUUAAACAUUCUUGUAAGGUCAAAAGUCAUUAUCAAUACAAAAUAAUAGAAAAAAGAAGACAAAUCCAGUUAGGAUCAAUCAAGAUGAUUGUAGUUGAAAGGUAAUCGUAUAAUUAAGUAUCAUUGCAAUAUUUUGUAAUGAGAAAGUUAACAUUCAUUAAAUCCUCAAUGUGCAUUUAUAAUGACUAUGAGAUGACUUAAUAGAUGUUUCUUACCACACAAAACACACACACACACACACACACAUACGCGCGCGCGCGCGCACGUUAUGAUUUUUAAUCUAAUUUUUAAGAAAAAUAAUACAUCCGCGCUUACAUAAUCACCUUGAUCGAUCCUACAUCUUCAGAUCACAUAUGCGAUACAGUACUUGUAAAUAAAAAUAAAUAAAUUACAACAAACACAUCGAAUAGUUGUGUAAUAAAAAAAAGUGAUGCUGAAAGAAGUGAGAUAUAUAUUUUUGCUAUAUUGACAAUUAGACUUUGUUUCGACAAUUAAU